UCAUUUUUAUCUGACCAUCACACAAUGCAGAUCCUUGUGCUGAUACUUGGGAUUGUGCUGCUCCAUGGAGCCUGUGCUUUAAAAUGUUACGAAUGCAUACCGGGACCAUCUGGAAGCUGCACUGACACAAUAAAAGAAUGUCCUUUCAACACUCAGUGUGCAUCAGCCAGAACGACUUCAUAUGCAGGUGGUUCAAAAGUGGAUGACUAUAAAGGGAAAGAUUGUGUUACACCUGAGGACUGUGUUCAGGCCUCAAUCAACUUUGGAGAUUCCCAAUUUGCAUCGAUCACCAAGUGUUGCACCACUGAUCUUUGCAACCAUCAAGAUGCCCCUGAGUACAGCUUCUCUCCAAAUGGGAAAAAGUGCUUCUAUUGUGAUGGAACCGAUUGCACAAAAACUCUAAAAUGCAACAAAAAUGAGGACUACUGCGUCUCAUUAGCAGUGACUGAAGGAGGGCAAAAUGUGACCCGAAAGGGCUGCGCCUCCAAGCUGGUUUGCUCAAGCACACAAUCUGCAAAGAUCACAGUCACUGGACCAGAAAUCAGCUGCUGCCAGGGUAACUUCUGCAACAGUGCCAGCAGUACAACUGUUAGCCUUCUGCUCUUUGUCACACCAGUGAUCUCUCUGGUCCUGUUCACUUAGCUGAUGGAAACAACAACAUCACAGCCCAGCUUUUCUUAUGAUUGUCACAAUGUUUCCUCCCAUUUCACCAGAGCUUAAAAAAAUAACGACAUUUUUGUAACUAAACAUAAUUUAUGGUUUGUGGAGAAAAUAAAUGAAUAAAUGAAAUAAAUGAAUACAUUUUUAAAAUCCUCUAAGUACCUCUUAAAAAAAUAACUACAUUUCUGUAACUAAACAUAAUGUUUGGUUUGUGGAGA